AUGUUCUUUCCAUUACGAAAUUGUUCUCCGUUCAAAAAUAAAUUGCCAUUUGAAUUCGUGUCUUUCCAACGAUUCUUACUUAGAGCCUAUUUUGAUGUGGGUGAAGGCGCGUUCAUCGCUAAUUAUUUUUCUGCUAGCCUUCAGGAACGAAAUUGGAUUAAAAAAUAUUUUACCAAGGUCAAAGUCAAGCGAG